AUGGACGUCACAACCGCCUUUCUCAAUGGUGACUUACGUGAAACGAUAUACAUGUCUCAACCACCAGGGUUCAUUGAAACUGGUGGGGAACAUAAAGUCUGUCGCUUGCAGAAAAGUCUUUAUGGCCUGAAACAAGCACCUCUCUGUUGGAACCAGAAAAUUGAUUCUGUUCUCCAAAAGGCUGGCUUUGUUAAAACACUUCCGGAAUAUGGGGUCUACAUGAAACCUGCUACUAAGGAGUUCUCUGUUGUUCUUAUUGGUCUGUAUGUUGAUGAUCUUCUACUUUUGAGUCAAUCUGACCGUGCGUGUCGUUGGGCUAAAGACCUUCUCUCCUCUCAUUUUCAUAUGAAGGACCUGGGUCCAGUGCAGCGCUUUCUGGGCAUGGACAUUACUCAAACUUCUUCUCAAGUUCAUUUGUCUCUUCACAGUUAUAUCUUCCAGCUUCUACAGCACACUGGCAUGCUGGACUGCAAUCCAGUGCACAUUCCUUUUGCAUCUUCUACCUACUUGAUGGAUUCCUCUCCUCUGGAUGGUUCUGAUAUCACUGAGUAUCGCAGCCUGGUGGGGAAGCUAUUGUUUGCUGCUAAUACGGGAAGGCCUGAUAUAUCAUAUGCUGUCUCUUAUUUAAGCAGAUAUAUGCAGACACCAUUGGAAGAACACAUGCGUGGUGUCAAACACUUGUUGAGAUAUCUCAAAGGAUCUAUGAAUAUGGGCAUUACAUACCAACGAAGGCAGUCAUUUAAGCUUACUGGAUAUACAGAUGCAGAUUGGGGAGGAUCUAAAGAAGAUAGAAAGUCAACGUCCGGAUAUGUGUUUAUGCUUGGCGAUUCCCCAAUAACUUGGAGGUCUAAGAAACAAGAAGUGGUGGCAUUAUCCACAACUGAAGCCGAAUACAUAGCACUAUCUGACGGUGUCAAAGAACUUCUAUGGUUAGAUCAACUGAUUAAUCAGAUAGAUCUAAAACUGGAAUCAAUCCCAGUUAUCUGGAGUGAUAACACUAGUUGUAUAUCAUUGGCAAAUCAUCCACAUGCCCAUCCAAGAACAAAGCAUAUUGAUAUCAGACAUCAUCAUAUAAGAGAGACUCUUCAGAGAAAUAAGUUCGUUCUCAAACAUAUGGAUACUCAUCAUAUGAUAGCAGACAUAUUCACAAAAGGAUUAGCCAGACCACAAUUUGAAUAUCUACGAGAAGCAAUGGGUUUUAAAAUAAAUCACCAUAGUCUGAAUUAA